AUGAAUACAAAUAAUAUAAAUACUCCAUUAUCAAAUCGAUCGGAUGGUACCGAUCAAGGAUCGAUUAUAUCUUCUAUUUAUCCUUCUACUCCAAUAUCAACAUCAAAUAAUUAUUUAACAAAUCGUACAUUUAUACCACAAACACCAGCAUCUAUUAAUUCAGAAAUGGAUACAUCAACAAUUGCAACAUCAUCUAAUAUAACAUCAAUACAACAAAAUGAUCAACGAAGAAAUAUUAUUCAACAACUUGCACUUUUACUUCAUGCACAUAAAUGUCUUCAACGUGAACGACAAGCACAAUCAUGUAAUGGAGAUAAUCAUAAUAUAACACAACCAACAACAACAUCUUUAAAUCCUUGUACAUUACCACAUUGUUCUACAAUGAGGACUGUACUUCAACAUAUGACUAAAUGUGCUGAUUUUAAAAAUUGUUCUUUUAAUCAUUGUGUUCAAUCUCGUCAUAUUAUUUUACAUUGGAAAAAUUGUGCUACACCAAAUUGUUCUAUAUGUGGUUCAUUAAAAAAACCAUCAGCACUUCGACCACAAAAUUCUAUACCAAAAGAAUGGCAACAACAAUUACAACCUGAUCAUCGAAAUCAUUUAGUUAAAAAAAUAGUUGCAGCAUUAUUAAAUACAGUUCAACAAGAUGGUCGAUCAUUACCACCCGAUCGUUUAACUGCAGUAACAUCAUAUGCACAACAAACAGAAGCUGAAACAUUUAAUACAGCUAUAAGUCAUGAAGAUUAUUUUCAUCGUUUAGCUGAACGUAUUUAUAAAAUACAAAAAGAUUAUGAAGAAAAACAAAUAUCAAAAAAACAACAAAUAUUAACAUCAAUUGAUAAAUCAGCUGGUGAACAAGGUCCACCAAAUCGUAUUGCACCACAAUCAGAUUAUUCAUCAACAUAUUUAUCAUCAUCAUCAUCAUCAUCAUCUUCAACAACAACAACAACACAAAUUAAAACUGAAAAUCAAACACCUAAUCCAAUACAAUCAGUAUCAUUUGAUACACAUCGUACAUCAACAGAAAGUCUUAAUCGAAUAAAUAUUCAUAAUAAUAAUAAUUCAAAUACAAAUUCACAUAUUGAUACAAAUGGAACUCAAAUAGAUAUAAAACAUAUUAAAACAGAACAAAUAUCACCAAAUCAUGAUACAAAAAUUCAAACAAUGACAAUUAUAAAAAAAGAAGAAACAAGUGAAACAACAAUAAAUGGAAAUAAUGUAACAACGACAACAGUUGAAUUAAUUAAAACAGAAAAAAUUGAUAUUGAAUCAAAUAAAAUAAAUCGACCACCACCUAUUGAUUCAACAAGUAAAUCAUUAACAAAAUAUCCAGCAAGAUUUUCAUCGGAUGAUUUACGAGAAAAAAUGACACCUAUACUUCGUCAUUUAUUUAAUCAAGAAGAAGGUGGUUGGUUUCGUCAACCAGUUACAGAAAAUAUAGCACCUGGUUAUUUUGAUAUAAUUAAAUAUCCAAUGGAUUUUUCAACUAUAUUUAAAAAAUUAGAUGAAAAUCAAUAUGAAACACCAUAUGAAUUUUGUGAAGAUGUUUGGCUUGUUUUUAAUAAUGCAUGGACAUUUAAUAAAAAAACACAAAAAGUUUAUAAAGCUGGUUCAAAACUUUCAGAAAUGUUUAUGGAAUUAGUUGAUCCUAUUAUGAAAGAUUAUGGUUAUUGUUGUGGACGUCAAUAUGUUUUUUUACCAUCAGCUAUGUUUUGUUAUGGUGUAACAGGUAUGUGUUGUACAAUACCACGUGAUGCUGAUUAUUUUGUUUAUAAUAAUCCGGAUUCAUCAAGAAAUAAUUUAUCGGGUGAUAAAUAUACAUUUUGUAAAAAAUGUUUUGAUUCAGUUAAAUCAGAAUAUAUAUUAGUUGGUGAUGAUCCAGCACAAACAUUAAUUGAAUUACCUAAAAUUGAAUUUCAUCAAGCUAAAAAUGAUCAUCAAGAACAUGAAACAAUGACUGAUUGUAUUGUUUGUUCAAGACGUUUUCAUAAUAUAUGUGUACUUUAUCAUGAACAUAUAUGGCCUGAAGGUUAUGUUUGUAAAACAUGUGUACAACAAUAUAAUAUUAAACGAAAAGAAAAUCGUUAUUUAGCACAUAAAUUAACUAUGACGGAUUUAGCUAAUGCAUUAGAAAAACGUGUUAAUGAAUUUCUUAAAAAAGAUUGUGAUCCUGAUACAGGUCGUGUUACAAUACGAGUUUUAGCUGCAAGUGAUCGUCUAUGUGAAGUUAAACCAAGAUUAAAAAAACAUUUUGGUUCACAAGUACCUGAUGGUUAUCCAUAUAGAACAAAAGCUAUAUUUGCAUUUCAAGAAAUUGAUGGUGUUGAUGUUGUUCUAUUUGGUAUGCAUGUACAAGAAUAUGAUAGUCGAUGUCCAGCACCUAAUACAAGACGUGUCUAUAUAUCUUAUCUUGAUUCAGUACAUUAUUUUCGUCCAAAACAAAAACGAACAGCACUUUAUUUUGAAAUUCUUAUUGGUUAUCUUGAAUAUGUUAAACAAUUAGGAUUUGCAUAUGCACAUAUAUGGGCAUGUCCACCAAGUGAAGGUGAUGAUUAUAUAUUUCAUUGUCAUCCUGUUGAACAACGUGUACCAAAACCAAAACGUUUACAAGAAUGGUAUAAAACAAUGUUAGAUAUAGCUGUUAAUCAACGAGUUGUUGUUGAUUAUAAAGAUAUAAUGAAAGAUUGUAAUGAUAGUGGUGUGAAUAAAGCAACUGAUAUUCCAUAUUUUGAAGGAGAUUUUUGGUCUAGUACAAUUGAAGAUUUACUUAAAGAACUUGAUACAGAAGAAGAAGAUAGAAGAAAAUUUGAAGAACUUGAAGCUGUUAAAGCAUCGGAAGAUGGUUGUUUUGAUGAUUCUAUUGAACCUGAAGAACCAACAGAAAUUUCUGAUAAACGUAAAUCAGGUGGUGGAACAACACAUAAAAAGAAAAAUUUUAAAAAAACAGCAGGACAACGUCGAAUAGCACGAAAAAAUAUGUCAAAUGGUACUGAUUUAAUAUCAAAAAUUUAUGCUAUGAUGGAAAAACAUAAAGAAUCAUUUUUUGUUGUACGUCUACGUAAUCCAAUGUCAAAUCCAGCAACAUUAACCGAUACAGAUCCAUUAAUACAAUGUGAUUUAAUGGAAUCUCGUGAUGCAUUUUUAAGUUUUGCUCGUGAUAAACAUUGUGAAUUUUCAUCAUUACGUCGUGCUAAAUAUUCAACAAUGGCAUCAUUAAUUGAAUUACAUUCAUCAACAGCCGAUAAAAUAUCUUAUACAUGUAAUUCAUGUCGACAAUUAUGUGAUAUAAGAUAUCAUUGUACUGUAUGUGAUGAUUAUGAUUUAUGUAGUAAAUGUUAUACAACAGUUAAACAUGAACAUCGUAUGGAACGUACAGAUGAUACAAAUGAAACACCAACUAGUUCAGAUACACCAUUAAAUAUUCAACAACAAAAACAAAUAACUAUGCAAAGAAUGUUAGAUGCUAUACGUCAUGCUGUACAAUGUCGAAAUGCAAAUUGUAUAUAUAAAAAUUGUGCACCAUGUCAAAGAUUACUUCAACAUGCUAAAGAAUGUACAAAAGCAUCAAGAAAUCAAUGUCAAUUAUGUAAUAAACUUUUAUCACCAAUAUGGUUUCAUGCAAAAACAUGUAAUGAUCAAAAUUGUCCUUUACCUUAUUGUACAAGUUUUAAACAUAAACUUCAACGACAACGUGCAGCAACUAUGCAAGCUGAUCGACGACGUAUUACAGCUAUGCAUCGAGCAAAUAUGGCACCAGGUCCAUCACCACUUAGUCAACAAAAUACUGAAUCAACACCUACACAGUAUCAUCAUCCGAUGGAAUCAGCUUCACCAAGUUCAUCAGGUAAAAUGAUGCCAUCAGGUGGUAAAAGUGGUAAACCAGCAUCAAUGAGUGGAUUAGUACGUGCUAGUUUACCUUCACAACAACCAUCUUCACAACAUUCAGUAUAUUAUAAUGGUGGUAAAGGUAAUCCAGCAGCUGGUGGAUAUCCAAUGAUGAUAACACAUCAUCAACAACAAUCACAACAAUGGAUAUCACCACAACAACAACAACAUCGAUAUGCAACACAUGUUGCUAGCGGAGGAAAACCAAUGAUAUAUGCACAACAACGUAUGUCAUAUGGUGGAGAUCCAUACAUGAUGAGACAACAAACUCCACAAGUGCCAUCAUCUUCUUAUCCAUAUACAUCAAAUAUAGUUCCACCAGGAUAUUCCCAUACUCAACCAAUGGAUCCUAAUGCAUUGGCUGCAGCACGUGCUGGUAAACCAAUGUUACCACAACAACAGCAACAGCAACAAAUCCAACAACAACAACAAAUGCAACAACAACAAAUGCAACAACAACAACAACAACAACAACAACAAGUACCUCCUCGAUAUUCUCUCAAUUCAUAUUAUACUCAUCCUUCACCAAUGUCUUAUCAACAGCCAUCAUCUAUACCACAACCACCACAUCGAUCUCUUUCACAAGGUCCAACACCUACUUAUUCAAUGCCAUCAACAUCAGUACCGUCAAACGGUGCUGGUGGUAAACCAACUUUAAUCGAUUCAAUCGAAUCAAAACCUGAAGAUAUGAUAGAUGAUCCAUCAAAACAACAACAACAACAACAACAACAAAUGUUUCAUCCUCUUCUUCAAAAUCGUUCACGUCCACAAACACCUUCAUUCUAUCCAAAUAUGCCACCAACAAAUGCUCCUUAUUAUCCUUCACAACGUUCAAUGACACCAACACCUGAUUAUAAUAUGGCAGCAGCAGCAGCAGCAGCACGUGGUAUUCGACCAACAAGUGCUACUGCUGCUUCUUAUUCAACUCUACCAGUUCAACGAGUUCGAGCUCCACUUCCUUCACAAUUAUCAUCUUCAACAAGUGAUCUUACAACUGUUAUGAAUAAUAAUUCAAUGGGACUUCAAUCGACUCCACCUCCGCCAUCAGUAACUCCGCGUUGA